AGCACGGUCCGUCGCUAUACGCUCAAUAAUUUUAUCUCAUCCGAUAACAGACUCGCCAAUCUGUGAAAAUAUGAUUCGCCUGCCACAAAUGCGUAGUAUUAAUCUGAGUGCAGUGGCAAUACCUGGGUAUCUCGUAACAAAAACAAAAAUGGCGCUAGGAAACUUGAAAGUGGGAAUGCGGUGCAUAAAAUAUAUGCUGAUGGGCGUAGCAGCGAUUUUCGUGCUAACUUCAGCGCUGAUCAUCUCUGUGGGGGCGUCCAUCUUUGCUAUCUACGAUGAGAUCCAGUUUUUCAUCCAGAAUCAUUUCUACUCGCCGGCCAGCUUUAUCAUCGCCAUUGGCGUUAUCAUGCUGAUUGUGUCCAUCUUCGGGUGCAUCGGUACCGUUAAGGAGAGCACUUGCCUUAUUAAUAUUUUUGCAGUAAUGCUGAGCUUGGUCCUCAUCUUGGAAGUAGCCGCAUCCAUAGCUGCGUACAGUCUCCGAGGGAAGAUCGAUGACAUGUUGGACCAGACCCUACGUCUGAACAUUAACCGCUACUACGAGGACCUAAUAGUUUUAAAACAAAUUGACUACUUGCAAGAGACAAUGAACUGCUGCGGCGCGGAUUCUUUCCGAGACUGGGCUGCAGUGACCCCGCCUCCGGGAGUGAUCAACGUACUCUACAACAACAUGACCAUUCCGUACUCCUGCUGUGCACAAUUUGAGGGUGGCUUGGUCGUAGAGAAUGGGAUGCGGACGUGUCUCUACAGUUAUUCAAGCGGCUGCCUCCCAAAGCUGACGUAUAUACUGCACAAGAGCGCGGUUUUGCUCGGAGCGGUUGCGCUUGCCAUGGCUUUCGUACAGCUUAUCGGUAUCGCGUUUUCGUUCUCUCUGGCCAACGCUAUCCGAAAGGUGAAGUCUGAACGCGAAUGUCACCGCUGGGAGAUCCGAGAGAGGGUCAUGAACAGCAUGAACAUGUCCGUAACCCCUGAUGGGGAAAUAUCCAAACAGAUCGCUUAACAUGGGCAGACUGUUGCAUAAUCCCACUCCGAUAAUAUUCCAUCGAGAUGAUGAAUACGUAGACGAUAAUUAAGUAAGAUCAGUAACUAUUCUGUACGUAUCUUUUCUGAAUAUUCCCUAAUCGCGAUAAUAUCAGAUUUCACGGAUUCACGGUAUCAAAAGUCAACAACAACAAUAAAAAUUGCGAUGAUGUUUACUGUGAGCUGAGUUAAAUUGCGAUUACUUACUACAAUUUCACUUCGCUUCCACGAAUUGAAUUUUGUAAUUUUUAAUGCGAUCUAUUAAAUCCCUUAAAACCGCAAAAGAAAAGCAACCCCCUAUCAACACAUAAGAACAGUUUUUAUAUGUUGAUACGAUACGUUGCCAUUGGUUAUGUAUGAUAAAUAGAUUAUUUGUAAAGUAUCUUUUUUAAUUGUCCCCCUUUUCACGGACUAUGCUGCUAACUGAAAAUUGAGUCCAUAUAGGUAAAUAGAGCGGCCUGUAAGUAAAACGGACACUGUUGGAUAGGGUUUAUUAUAUUAAGGUUACUUAGAUAAUUUACCUACAUGUUAAAACAAAAAUAUAACGUUUAAGAAAUAUGUUUAUAGUAAUAAGAUACCUAUUUGUAAGGAAGUAAUAAAUAGGACUUGAUGUGGCCGCAGAAAAUAGUUGGGUCCCACACAAAUUGCCCGUUCUCCUUUGUUUUAUUUUAUAAACAAUAUCUUGAACGAAACAAAGAAAAGUGUGCAGUACCCCUAGCACGAACCAUUAUCAAAUUCGAAUAGUUUGCGAGUCCGAAAUGUCAAUGUAAUUUAUUUUAUGGAAACUUGAACAGAUGCGCUACAACGGACGUAACGAGAACUAAAAAUCAGUACACGUUUGACAAUGACAUUUCGCAAUCGCAAACUAUUCGAAUUCGAUAUUGGUUCGUACUAAGGGUACUGUACCCCUAGCACGAACCAUUAUCGAAUUCGAAUAGUUUGCAAACCGAAAUGUCAAUAUAAAAUUUUGUAUGGAAACUUGAACAGCAGCGGCACAAAGUAACGUAACGAGAACUAAAAAUCAGUACACAUUUGACAAUGACAUUUCGCAAUCGCUUAGAAUUCGAUAUUAGUUCGUGCUAAGGGUACAGUUUUUUUGGGACGUCAUAACCAACAUAUAUAUUUUCUGAUAUUUUAAGACAUUUCACUAACUGUAGAAAAUUGUUUAUACAGUUGCACGACUUAUCGUGAUGUUCGGGGAACUACAACUCCUAUCGAAAAUAUACUAUAUGUACUACUCGUUUGUAAUACCAACUUACCGCACUAAUAUCUAUAACUAUUUCGAUAUAAAAUCAAAUUAUAAGGAGUAAUUAUAAAUAUUUUGAAUCAAAAAAAUUAGCGCGUGCAUGCGCGUUUGGAUAUAUGUACGAAGGAACCUUCCUUUUUUUUGUAAUGUCUAGUCUAGCAUGAUUAAUGAAAAUAAUUAUUAAUUACA